AUAUAGAUAGAAAGAUAACGCAAGAUUUAGACCACAGUAACAGUGUUUAUUAAUCUUUUUCAACAUAAAUCAUCGUUAAAGAAAGUAGAGAAGUAAUUAAGCAGGGAAUAAAAAAAAUAAGGAUAGGGGGAUACUUUUACUUUUAAUUUAUUUGUAUUUCCACUUUCAACAUGAAAAGUAGUAUCGCGUUAGGCAUCAAUACACAAACAGAACAGAUACAAUGAAGAGAUUAAUAUGCAACGGCAAAAGUUUCUAACACGACGUGAUUGAAGAGAAUUUGUAUUUCCACAGCAUCGUUAGUCUCAACUCGAUAAUACUUUCGUACUAUUUACUACAUUUGAGAAUACUAAUCAGUGUGUGUGUGUGUGUGUGUGUGUGUGUGUGUGUGGGGGGGGGGGAGGCGCUUUUCCCUUCAAAGUACACUCAACGCAAAUCCAUCGAUAAAUCCGACUCGAUAAACGAGGGUUCCCUGGAUUAAUUAAGAGUCAUCGUAUUCCGUAAUCAAUGUUGCAAAUUUGAUCGGUUAGGCGCCGCGGCCUGGCACGGCCUUCGAGAGCUCUUCUCGCUCGAUUUGUCCGUAAGCACGCCUACAACCCCUAAACCACCCAAUUCUCAAGAGAGGCGACUCUUUCGCGCAACGUUCGCGGAACGCUGGCACUGGCAGGUCGUCCCGGGUGUGACUACGUAGAACGUACAACAACAUCGUCCGGUCCAUUUUUGCCGGCGAGUGCGGCGCGAUGCGGCACGCAAUGCGACCGGACGAUGUUGGGAAGGAACGGGAGUGCCGUUUUCUCGCUUUGCGCGCGCAACUACAGGGAGAGAGGAAGACCGGUCGUCGCGAGGGUGGGUGGUGGAUAUGAGUGCCGGAUACGCGGGUGUGCUACGAGGGAUUUGCACGCGCGCGCGUCUCGCGUCCGCGUGGCUCGCGUGUCAUCGUGACGGCUGAUGACGGCCGAGCGGAACGCGCAAACACGCGCGGCGAAUUCGCUUCGGCUGUCGUCAUCGCUACGAGCGGUCGGCGGUCGGCAGUCAGUCCCUCGACGGCACGCUCCGUGAGUGUGUGCGCGGUAGCCACGCGAGUACGUGCAUGUGGCCGAGACGACAUCGACAGCGACGACGACAACGACGACGACGACGACGACGACGACGACGACGACGACGUCCACGUUCCUUGUCGGAAUCGAGUCUCCUUGCUCCAAGCUGUGCCUGGAACCCGGCUCUCAUCACCGUGCGACAUAUUUCAUGAAAAUGGAGAGCCAGACGAUACAUUCUUUUUUAUCGAGGACGAUCUCCUAGGAGUAACACUAUGAAAGGAAAAGCUCACGACUCGACCACACAUGGUUUUGCGAAGCAGUAUCCCGGUUAUACAUUAUACACCAGGAAAAAAUCGGGAGGAACAACAAGCGUUGGGGGAUCGAAAUCAGGUCGCGGAAUUUUACUGAGGACCCUUGUAUUCGUCUUCCUGGCUACGUUCCUCUGGCUUCAGCUUCACGUAAUCAGUUUGACGGGGCGAGAUGAUUCUGGGCAAUCAUCAUCGAACGAGACACUUUUCUCCCUCGUGCCUCAAGAAUUCCACAGAUUUUUAAAAGAGGGACGUAACUUAUCUACGAGCUUGACGAAUUCUAGCUCGGGAGCGCUUACAGAAUUGGAAAUGACGGAAAUCCGUCGUAAAAUCGAACGGGCGAAUGCAGAGCAAAAAGUAUAUAAUGAGGAGGCGUUUGGGCCGUUGGCGAGCGAUGCUCCAAUUAUAGUCAUCCAAGUACACACGCGACUCACUUAUCUACGGCAUCUUAUCGUCUCACUGGCGCAAGCUAAGGACAUAGAGCAGGCUCUUCUCGUAUUUAGCCACGACAUUUGGCACCCGGAUAUCAACUACCUCGUGCAGAGCGUCGACUUUUGUAGGGUCAUGCAAAUCUUUUAUCCACAUAGCAUCCAGACUCAUCCUUAUACAUUUCCCGGUGAAGAGCCCAACGACUGUCCACGAAACAUUCGUAAAGAACAGGCUUUAAAUUUGAAGUGUACCAACGCUAAGCAUCCGGAUUUGUAUGGUCACUAUAGGGAAGCAAAAUUUACGCAGACCAAGCAUCACUGGUGGUGGAAAGCGAACAGAGUGUUCGAUCAAUUGUCGAUAACGAGAAACCAUACCGGAAUGGUUCUCUUCCUCGAGGAGGAUCACUACGUUGCCGAAGAUUUUUUACACGUGCUUAGACUCAUGGAACGUACUUGCAAGCUCAAUUGUGAGAGAUGCAACGUUCUAUCGCUGGGUACAUAUUUAAAGACGUACAACUAUUUUACGGACUUUAGUCGUAAGUUCUUCGGCAUCGAUAGCGCUCUGCAGAAGGAAUUGCUGCGUGGACUAAAGCGACAACAAGAAAUACCAUCGAUGAUGCAGAGACAGCAGAUCAGCAACGGGUUCGGCGGCAUCGUUACCGUCACCAGCGGUGAUGGCGACGGUAUUAAUAACGCCGGUAAUAAUGCCGCCGGCAUCAGUAACGGGAGUACCGGUAGUGGCAGAAGCGUCGGCGUCGGCGUCGGGAGCGGCGUCAGCAGGAGCAGCGUGUCAUCUAUCUACUAUCAGAACACGAAUACGAUGCAAACGGCGCCCGGGUGGGCCUUCCAACUCCUGCCCAGUCUCUACAAUCACUAUCAGAAGGCGGAAGUUACUCCGUGGAUAUCCAGCAAGCACAACAUGGGCAUGGCAUUCAAUCGCAUCACGUGGAACAAGCUACGAAAGUGUGCGGCGCAGUUUUGCUCGUACGACGAUUACAAUUGGGACUGGAGUCUGCAAUAUAUCGCGCAAACCUGUGUGCCAUCUAGUCGGGGUGCUGGGAUUGCACCUCGCGUUGAAUCCGGAUUGAUCACGAUGACGAUGAGGGCUCCGAGAGUCUUCCAUAUCGGAGAAUGUGGAGUGCAUCAUAAGAAGAAUAACUGUGAAUCGACGGCAGUGAUAGCAAAGGUCCAGAACGUCUUGAAAGCGGCGCGCAAUCAUCUGUUCCCUUCGCAAUUAACAUUAACAAUCGCCGGAACAGCAAAGAAGACGAAACUCCGCAAAGGCAACGGCGGAUGGGGAGACGUUCGAGAUCACCAACUUUGUUGGAACAUGACCAUAUAUCCAGAUUUAGUCUUGCUUUGAGGACUAUAAAUGUUAAUUAUAAUUGGUUCCAGUACACGGAUUGUGAUACAAAUAGUCAGGCAUCUAUUGCCGCAAUUCUAUUAUGGUAAUCAAAGAUUUAUCCGUCGAUAUCAUUCUAAUGAGAUGUUCAAGAAUGAUGUAAGUAGAAUGAUGCAAAGAUGACUGGAUACUAGAGAAUUUCCGUCAUUCUACAAAUCGAUUACGAAGUGCGUUGUACGCGUUAUCGUCGCUGCCAGUCACGAUCGAAGAUUAUCAAGACCGCUGUCACUGCCAUUGAAUGGAAUGGGAUUUCUUUCGCAAAAUAGGAAUAUUCGUAAGCGUUUCGUCGAGAUAGGAUGUAAUAUUACACAUACAGCGGACGAAACGAAAAAAGAUAUCGGCCGAUUUGAUAGUGAGCUCAAAUUGGUGCUAUUCCAAAGAGAAGGUAAUUUUUUUGUGGUAUAUUGAGUUUAAUACAGUGAAGACCAAAAGCUGUGCAAGUGAAUUAGCGAAAAAUAUAUUUCGCGCAUAUGCAAAAGAAAGAUAUUCGAUUAAAGCAUGUUAAAAGAGUAUUUACGAAGAGGUUACAAGCAGAUCUAUUUAUUCAACAUUGCGCUGUCCACAAAUACAGUGUGAUAAAAAUGUAAGACGUCACGUUUCUUCAAUUUUGUUUCGGAACAAGCGUGACGCAUACUCAAGGGAAGGGAGAAUAUUCUCGAGGAUGUGCGGAAGUACGAGAUAAAUAUUUCAUUAGGCUCAAAUAUAUAUUAUCGAUAUUUUAAAGGCCUAUAAGACAGCCGAAACGCGGCAACAUGUACGUAUAUAAUUUCCAUGUCACCGUAGAGACGACAUAUAAAUGAAAAAAGGCUGCACCCUGUACCUCUGUAACUUGAUAAUGGAAUUAAUGUUUCGCUUCCCGACUUAGCUUCUAUCCACUCUUUUUAAUAUUAUGCUCGACAAGAACGUUAAUCAGGUUUGUGAUUUUAAUUACGACUUGCGCUCAUUAUAUUCUAGUCAAUGUGUAUAACGUAAUACUAAAGUGCAGAUAUUUAAUAAUCAUAGAGAUUAAGCUCGUAAAAUUAAGGAUUCACACACGUAUUAUUAGUGAUAACGCCCUCAAAAACGCUGUAACGUAACAUCAUGUAACGACCUCGGGGAUACGAACGUAAUGAAUGUCUCAUGUACCUUUUAUAUUUAUAACAAUAAAACGACAGCAACGAAA